AUCCUGGAGGAGGAGCUGGAGGGGAUCCGCGGGGCCGGCACCUGGAAGAGCGAGCGGGUCAUCACGUCCCGACAGGGGCCGCGCAUCCACGUGGAUGGCGUGUCCGGAGGAAUCCUUAACUUCUGUGCCAACAACUACCUGGGCCUGAGCAGCCACCCCGAGGUGAUCCAGGCAGGUUUGCACACCUUGGAGAAGUUUGGAGCCGGCCUUAGCUCUGUCCGCUUCAUCUGUGGGACCCAGAGCAUCCACAAGGACCUAGAAAGAAAGAUCGCCCGCUUCCACCAGCGGGAGGAUGCCAUCCUCUUCCCCAGCUGUUUUGAUGCCAAUGCCGGCCUCUUUGAGGCCCUGCUGACCCCCGAGGACGCGGUCCUGUCGGAUGAGCUGAACCACGCCUCCAUUAUCGACGGCAUCCGCCUGUGCAAGGCGCACAAGUACCGCUACCGCCACCUGGACAUGGCCCAUCUGGAGGCCCAGCUGCAGGAGGCCCAGAAGCAUCGGCUGCGGCUGGUGGCCACUGACGGGGCCUUUUCCAUGGAUGGCGACAUCGCGCCUCUGCGGGAGAUCUGCCACCUCGCCUCUCGAUACGGAGCCCUGGUCUUUGUGGACGAAUGCCACGCCACUGGCUUCCUGGGGGCCACAGGACGGGGCACGGAUGAGCUGCUGGGCGUGAUGGACCAGGUCACCAUCAUCAACUCCACGCUGGGGAAGGCUCUGGGCGGAGCAUCAGGGGGCUACACGACGGGGCCUGGGCCCCUGGUGUCCCUGCUGCGGCAGCGUGCCCGGCCCUACCUCUUCUCCAACAGCCUGCCCCCUGCUGUCGUCGGCUGCGCCUCCAAGGCCCUGGACCUGCUCAUGGACAGCAAUGCCAUUGUCCAGUCUAUGGCGGCCAAGACCCAGCGGUUCCGCAGCAAAAUGGAGGCUGCGGGCUUCACUAUCUCGGGGAGCAGUCACCCCAUCUGCCCCGUGAUGCUGGGGGAUGCCCGGCUGGCCUCGCGCAUGGCGGACGACAUGCUAAAGAAAGGCAUCUUUGUCAUCGGCUUCAGCUACCCGGUGGUCCCCAAGGGCAAGGCCCGGAUUCGGGUGCAGAUCUCAGCGGUGCACAGCGAGGAAGACAUCGACCGCUGUGUGGAGGCCUUCGUGGAGGUGGGGCGGCUGCACGGGGCCCUGCCGUGAGGCCGGGCACUGCCAGGCAGAGCCAAGGACCCUCUCCCUCCACAGCAACAAAAGGGUCCGCCCUGGAUGAGCCAGGCCAAGGCUCGGAGCCCGUCAGUCCUUGGGCCGGCCUGGGAUGAGGCUGCGCUGGGCCCGAAUGUGAAGCAACAGUGGAAGUUGACCUUGA